AUGGGACUUUCUGAAAGUAAAUUACGAGCAUUAUAUAAAAAAGCUGAUAAUCAAACAUUGACAGACUUUUAUUUAUUUUUUAGUAUUGUUGCUGAACAACAACCAAUUGAUCUUUCUAAAGUAAAGGUUGUUUCAAAAGAGAAAAAGAUAGAGAAAUUAGAAAUGACGUAUGACUCAUUUAAACGUUUCUUUGAUGUACCAUAUGAUGAAAUUACGAAAUCAUUUUUUAGAGUAUUUGAUGAUAAAAACACACAAAAAACCACCUUUUUUACAUUUGCGUCAAAAAUGUUAGCAUAUCCAACAUUAAAUGAUCAUGAAAAAACUCAACUUGCAUAUCAUUUAAUUAAUACAGAAAAUAGAAAUGAAUUAAAUUAUGAAGAUUUUAAUUUACUUGUCAAUGCAACAUAUGAAAAAAAUAUCACAAUUUCAGAAUUAAUUCAAGAAUUACAAGUUAUUUUAUUUCCAUCAACAACAAUGCCAUUGAGUUUUGAAGACUUUGAAAAAUAUUCUACAAAACCAAAGAAUUAUAUUGAUGUAAUCAUUGAAGGGUAUUUCUAUCUCUUUCCUGCAUUUUGUUUACCUUGGUUUGUUAAACAGAAAAAGAAUAUACCUAUGCUUAAUGAAGCAUUAAAAAAAGAAAGAGAACAAAGACUUAACAUUGAAAUGAAAAAGAAAGAAGAAGAAAAUAAAAAACUAGAAGGUGAUGAAGAUGAUGAUCCUCUUGAAAGAAAAUUAAAAGAAAUUGAAGAAAGAAAAAAAAAGAAAGUUGUAGAAAAAGAAGAAGAAGCACCAAAUUAUGAAUUUGAUAUAAAAAAAGAUCCAUUAUUUGAAAAAGAUAAUAAAGAAUGGUUUGAUAGUGAUGAAGAUGAACAACAAGAAGGAGAAGAUGAAGAGGAAAGAAAAAAGAAAGUAAAUAUUGUUAUAAAUCUAAAAGAAAUAAAACCAGAAGAAAAGAAAAAAGUUAAAGCAAUCUCAUUUGCUUUUGGUUCAAAGCCAAAAACGAAAGAUGAAAAGAAAAAAGAAAAAAAAGAAGAAAAUGAAAUAGAAGAAAUUAAAAAAGCUCUUAAAUUAAUGGAAAAUAAUAAAAUUGAUGAUGCAGAAAUAUUACUUAAAAAAUGUGCUCAAAUGGAAUUAAAUAAUAAAUUAACGAGAUUAGUUAAAGCAUAUUUUCUUAUGUGUGAAAUUAUUGAAUUUAAUGAAACAAAAGAAAAUGAAGAAGGUGUUUUAUUAAAUUGUUUUUUAAUGAUUUUACCUGUAUUAAAACCACAUAGAAGAUUAGCAAUUGCACUUGCUAUUGAAUAUUUAAAGAAAAUGAAUUGUUGUAUUAGUAAUGUAAAUAAUUUCUUACAAUCUUUUGGAGAGAAUGGAUUAGAAAUAAAACAAAUUGUUAAUAAAUGUUGGAAGUGUGGUAAAGAUAAAAUAGAUUUGAAUAAAUGUAAUUGUGGAGAAAUUUUAAAUAUUGUUUGUACUAAACGAGGUAUUCAAAUAGGAGGAAAUAGUGUAUGGAAAUGUGAUAAAUGUGGAUUAUUAAAUGAAGGAAGUCAUUGUGUUCUUUGUAAUAAUGAAAAAAAAGAAAUUAUGUCUUCAGUAAAUGGUACUUCAACAUUUGAACCAUUUGAAGAUUUUGGAUUUAAUACAUCAAAGAGUGAAGAAGUAAAAUUUGAUAAUUUCUUUGGAAAUGAUAUGCCAAAAUUUGAUGACUUUUCAUUUGGAGAAAGUAAGCCUAUAGAAAAUAAAAAAGAAGAGGUUAAUAUGAGUGAGUCAUUCAAUCAUGAAGAGGAGAAAACCCCUGACAUUAGCCAUGAGAUAGAUAAUAAUCAAAAUAAUAUUAUUAAAGAAGAACAAAAACAAGAUUUCUCUUUUGAUGAUUUCUUUAGUAAAUCAACUGAUUCAAAUACGUUUGGUUCAACUUCCUUUAAUAAUGACUUUUCAUUUAAUAAUGCAUUUGAACAACCAAUUAAAGAAGAAUCAAUUAAAGAAGAAUCAACUAAAGAAGAAUCAACUAAAGAAGAAUCAACUAAAGAAGAACCAGUUAAAGAAGAACCAGUUAAAGAAGAGCCAAUAAAAACUGAAGAAGAUAAACCAGAAUUAAUAAGUCAUGAAGAAGGUAAAACAGACACUAACAAAUUUGAACUAAAUGAAAAGAAAGAGGAAUGUAUUACACAACAAGAAACAAAACAAAACUUUUCAUUUGAUGAUUUCUUUAGUAACACUAACAACAAUGAAAUGACAUUUGACUUUGUUAAUAAACCAACUUCUCCAUUUACUAACAAUUUCAUGGUUGACCAAACAGAAGUUGAUCAAGAGCCAAAACAAGAAGAAACAAAAACAGUUAUAGAACAAGUUAAAGAAGAUAAUAAGAAUCAAACAAACUUAACUGAAGACAAUGGUUUUGUUAUAGAAGAUGAAGAAUAUGUUUAUCAAAGACCAUCUCAUUAA